ACUGCCCCGCCGUCCCACCAUUCUUCUUUGUUCGAGACAACCAUAUGGUCAUCUUUCUCCGCCGCUCGUUUUCACUCCAGCGCCAACCGAAACUCUCUGUUCCGCCACCAUCUCUCUCUGGCGCUGUCGUCAACUAUUAUUCCACCAUACUUCUACUGAAUCAUUGACAAAAGUAGAAAUUAAUGGGAGUGAUCAAGGAUGGCACAAUAUCUGGGGUUCUACCGGAGCCUCAGGGAUUUCUGGUGCACUACCCUGGUUAUCCAUCAUCAACCUCUCGUGCCGUUGACACAUUAGGUGGAAUUCAAGGCAUUCUUAAGGCUCGCAGUUCACAAUCAAACAAAUUAGAGCUCCGGUUCCGCCCUGAAGACCCUUAUUCUCAUCCUGCAUUUGGGGAGCGUCACCCCACCAAUGCCUUGCUUCUGAAAAUAUCCAAGAGAAAAUUGCCUGAUGAUGAUGGGGCCCAUGCUUCUAAAAACAUGUGUGCAAUGGAGCAUGGGAUGCAAGCAAAUCAUGUAGAAAGUGAGGAUGGAGCUGCUGAUCAAGUAGAUGAAGAGGCAAAUCUUUGUGCUAAUAUUGUUGCUCGUGUUCCUGAGGCUUAUUUUUUUGAAGGAAUGGCCGACUACCAGUAUGUUGUUCCUGUCCAUGCCAAUCUUGCCAGGAGGAAGAAGAGAAAUUGGUCAGAACUAGAAGAAACACCAAUUGCUAAGGGCGAUCACAUAGAUGUGGAUCAUGAGGAUGUCAUGAUCAUAGUGCCUCCAAUUUUUGCCCCGAAAGACGAGCCAAAAAAUUUAGUCUUGAAACCGAAUGUCAUUUCAAGUUCAAAAAAGAAUGAAGAGGAAAUUUUAGAACCUUAUUUCGAGAUUGACAUGGAGCCAGUUCUUGCAAUUGAUUUUCACAUUAAAGAAAUUCCUAAAAAAGUGAAUUGGGAGGAAUAUAUACCACAAGGCUCAGAUCAAUGGGAGUCACAAAUGGUCGUAUCUAGGAUGUUUGAUGAGAAGCCUAUAUGGUCCAAAGCCUCACUUAGUGAACGCCUACUUGACAAGGGUUUAAGCUUUUCACAUGGCAUGUUCAGAAGGCUUCUAUCUAGAAUUGCUUACUACUUUUCAAGUGGACCAUUUCUAAGGUUCUGGAUUAAGAAAGGAUAUGACCCACGCAAAGACUCUGAUUCUCGCAUUUAUCAAAGAAUUGAUUAUCGAGUACCAGUCCCAUUGCGAAGUUACUGUGAUGCCUACUCAGUCAAUAAAUUGAAACAUAGAUGGGAGGAUAUAUGUGCCUUUCGUGCUUUCCCUUACAAGUUCCAGACUUCUUUACAGUUGUUUGAGCUUGUUGAUGACUAUGUUCAAUCUGAAAUAAAUAAGCCUACAAUGCAAAUAACUUGCACAUUUGAAUCUGGCUGGUUCUCAUCCAACAAGAUCAAUUGUCUUAGACAGCGUCUUAUGGUGAGGUACCUAUCAAUAUUUCCCAAACCUGGCGCAGAGAGUUUACUCAGGGCUGCUACUUCAAGGUUCGAAAAAUUGAAGAGGGAGUGCAAUAGGACUGCCAUGAAGCUUGAUGGAGAGGAAUGCCAGCAAGCUAAUACAGGCUUGGAAGAAAAUGUAGAACAUGACCAUGUUGAAGAUGAAGGAGAGGCAGCUGAGGCUAAUGAAAGCGAGGAGGAAUGGGAAGAAGAACUUGAUCUGGCUGGAGAUACAGAAAUGCCGCUGCCGUCUCCUUCUUAUCUCAACAUGCAGAAUAUUUCAAGGACCCAUUUACAGGAGCUUUUUGAUAGCUUUCCGUCUGAUGAAAUUGGUGGUGACAACGCUCAAGAAAAUGGCAGCGAAGAAGAAUAUCCUAUAUAUGAGGAAGAUAGCGACAACGACUCUGACGAAUGAUUGCUGACUUUUGGAAGUAUCAAACACAAAUUCCUUCUAGAAUUGUAACUGGAGGUUUUUUAGUUAAUGUUUAGAGGAGCACAAACAUUUUUUGAAGCAGGCAUUAAUGUUAGUUGAAGUUAGGUAUUGAUUGUAAAUAUCAUCUUAGAGUAAUAUUACAAUUGACCAAUAUGCACAUAAAGUUAAUAUAGUAUUUAGAUAUUAUAAAUAAGUACAUAAUAUUAAAAUAUAUUAUUAUUAUUUUAAAUUUUGGUCUUUUGUU